AUGUACCCACAAGGACGGCACCCUGCUCCGCUUCAGUCUGGGCAGCCCUUCAAGUUCUCGAUUUUGGAAAUCUGCGACCGGAUUAAGGAAGAAUUCCAGUUCCUGCAGGCUCAGUAUCACAGUCUGAAGCUGGAAUGUGAGAAGCUGGCGAGCGAGAAGACCGAGAUGCAGAGACAUUAUGUCAUGUACUAUGAAAUGUCCUAUGGGCUGAACAUUGAAAUGCACAAGCAGGCGGAGAUAGUGAAGAGGCUGAGUGCCAUCUGUGCCCAGAUCAUACCGUUCCUGACGCAGGAGCACCAGCAGCAGGUGCUGCAAGCCGUGGAGCGGGCCAAGCAGGUGACCAUGGGGGAACUGAACAGCAUCAUUGGGCAGCAGCAGCUCCAGCACCUCUCCCACCACGCGCCUCCCAUCCCGCUCACCCCGCACCCUUCGGGCAUGCAGCCUUCCAGCCUGGUCAGCACCUCGGGACUCCUGGCCCUGUCGGGGGCACUGGUGGCCCAGUCUCAGCUUGCCGCAAAGGAGGACAGGGCGGCUCAGGAUGCUGAGAAUAACAGAGUAGAGCGCACGCCAAGCCGGAGCAUUUCUGCCUCCCCUCCGGAGAGCCUGCAGGGCGAGGAGCGGCCGGGCGGCACAGGGCUCAAGCGGAAACGGGAGGAGAAGGACCUGCCGGGACAUUACGACAGCGACGGGGACAAGAGUGAUUAUAACCUAGUAGUGGAUGAGGACCCGCCCUCUGAGCCCAGCAGCCCUGCCCAUGCACCCAGCACGAAGCUCCCGCCCGCCCGCAGGGACAUGCCCGAAAGCCCAGCCUCCCUGGCCUCCAGCCGGAGCACAACACCCCUCAAACUGAAGGACCAGAGCCUGAACGAAGUCUCAGCCAACACUCCCACCUCCAAGUCCUCCAGCUCCUCUCCUCCACGGGACUCCCUAACGCCCGGCCCCGGGCCAAGCUCGGCCUCCCAUCUCCGGCAACUCUCCUCUAAGCCGCCUGCCACGGACACCAUCACUCUGCGCAGCCCCCUGAGCGUGCCCAGCACCUACGCGUCUUCAUUCGGGAUGGUGCCCCACGCCACCAUCAACGGCGAGCUCGCUGCCCCCAGCACCUACGUGAGCAUCCACCUCUCUCCGCAAGUCAGCGGGACGGUGAUGUACGGACGGUCCCCUCUGGUGGCUUUUGAGUCUCACCCUCACCUGAGGGCUUCCACCGUCUCCUCCUCUCUGCCGGCCAUCCCCGGUGGGAAACCCGCCUACUCCUUCCACGUGAGCGCCGACGGGCAGAUGCAGCCGGUCCCCUUCCCUCCCGACGCCCUCAUCGGCACUGGCAUCCCCCGGCACGCCCGCCAGCUCCACACCCUGACCCACGGCGAGGUGGUCUGCGCCGUCACCAUCAGCAACUCCACCCAGCACGUCUACACGGGGGGCAAGGGCUGCGUGAAGGUGUGGGACGUGGGGCAGCCUGGGACCAAGACGCCCGUGGCGCAGCUGGACUGCCUGAACCGCGACAACUACAUCCGCUCUUGCAAGCUCCUCCCGGACGGGCGCAGCCUCAUCGUGGGGGGGGAGGCCAGCACCUUGUCCAUCUGGGACCUGGCCGCGCCCACCCCCCGCAUCAAGGCGGAGCUGACCUCCUCGGCGCCCGCCUGCUACGCCCUGGCCAUCAGCCCCGACGCCAAGGUCUGCUUCUCCUGCUGCAGCGACGGCAACAUCGUGGUGUGGGACCUGCAGAACCAGACGAUGGUCAGGCAGUUCCAGGGCCACACGGACGGCGCCAGCUGCAUCGAUAUCUCCAACUAUGGCACCAAGCUGUGGACGGGGGGGCUGGAUAACACGGUGCGGUGCUGGGACCUGCGGGAGGGGCGCCAACUGCAGCAGCACGAUUUCAGCUCCCAGAUCUUCUCGCUGGGUUACUGUCCCUCGGGGGAGUGGCUGGCCGUCGGCAUGGAGAGCAGCAACGUGGAGAUCCUGCACGUGGCCAAGCCGGAGAAAUACCAGCUCCACCUCCACGAGAGCUGCGUCCUCUCCCUCAAAUUCGCCUCCUGCGGUAAAUGGUUCGUGAGCACAGGGAAGGACAACCUGCUGAACGCCUGGAGGACGCCCUACGGAGCCAGCAUCUUCCAGUCCAAAGAGUCCUCGUCGGUGCUAAGCUGCGACAUCUCGAUCAACGACAAGUUCAUCGUCACGGGCUCUGGCGACAAGAAAGCCACCGUCUACGAAGUGGUGUACUGA